AUGGCGCGCCGCCCUGCAGGUUCGUUAGCUGCCUCGAACCCCGGCAGCUGGCGUCGCCAUGCAGAUAAGCUCCUUGUGGAUCGUCAGGGUAAAGGUUUGUCUCAACAGUCCAAAGCAGGUGGGCCGGACUAUCCUUUAUUCCCACACCGGGACAAUGUGCCUUUGGUUGACCCCUGCUCGGGAUUCAUAAGUGCAGGAGCUGAUGCUCUUUUGCAGCCAAACUGUGGCAGAACCAUUGAUUCACUGGUGGAUUACAGUGAUGUAAAACCUCAUCAGCGGGUUCCCGCUCCAGAAAAAACCCCGCAGGCUGCACACAGAAGGCAUAUGAUUUUGUUAGAGGAAACAAACCAGGACAGACGUUGGAAUUCCAGGAAAGUGUCAGAUGCUUUGAUCAGGGCACGACUUGGAGGGUGGACAAGUCCAGUGAAAGUUACUCCUGCUCCACUUAAACAAAAUGAUGCCAUUCCAAUACAUAAAUGUGCAUUUCACGUGGACCCAAACCUUAAGAAAUCAAGUGACCCUUCUGCAAAUUGGAGAGAAGAAAAAGCAAGGGACUAUUUCUAUCACUCAAGUACCCAAAGAGCGUAUGAAGAAGUUCCCUGGGAUAAUAUGUUACAGCCCAAAAUUCCACCUCCAGAAUCAACAGUAGAAAAGAUGGCUGAUCCCAUCUCACCAUGUUUUACAAUUAAGAGAUAUUAUCCUGUGCCAGAUAUAAGCCAAUCCGUUGGAGGCCUCUGGGACAGAUUUCAAACAAGAUGUUUUACCUCACCGCAGAAACCAAUUGAUUUUGUAAGCCCAAGCUCUCGCACUCAGCACAUCCCUCUCUACACUGGCUGUAUUGGUGCUGAGAAUUCGGAAGACACAGACAAUGCCAGUGUAGACUUGAUCACUCUUACCAAUGUUCGGACUUCGAAACCUCGCUACACAACCACCUCCCACACUCCAAAUAUCCCUGGAUAUACUGGCAAGGUUCAUUGGACAGCAACCCACCCAGCAAAUUCUAAUCUUCCAUCAACAUCCCCUUCAAUAAUUGCACGAAUGCAUGGGUACAUCUCCAAGCAUGGAGGCUCAUCUCAGUUUAAUCACCAGGGGCCUUUGUCACAAAUGCUCACUCCAGUUUAUCCACAAAAUUCUUUCAAUAAGAUAGAACAAGAAACAAUUCAAGUUUAAAAGAACCACUCCUUUACUAGACUAAC